CAGGCGGCAGCCGGCAGCCGGCAGGGAGGGCGGCGGGGCGGGCAGCGGCCCCAGCCCGCGUGUGCGCCCCUCGCGCCCCCGGUCCCGGCGGCCCCCGGCGCGCCCCCGCCAUGGUGGGCCGGCUGAGCCUGCAGGAUGUGCCCGAGCUCGUGGACACGAAGAAGAAGGGCGACGGCGUCCUGGACAGUCCGGAUUCGGGGCUGCCCCCCAGCCCCAGCCCCAGCCACUGGGGGCUCGCGGCGGCCGGGGGAGGCGGGGAGCACUCGGCGGCCCCCGGGACGCUGGAGCCCGACGCGGCGGCGAGCCCCGCGGCCCCGAAUCCAGCACCUCUCUCCAGCCCACUGGCCUUUGCCUGCUCACCCAGGCUGUGCCCUCUGUCCUUUGGUGAAGGAGUGGAGUUUGAUCCCUUACCGCCAACGGAAGUAAGGUACACUUCAUCGGUCAAGUAUGACUCGGAGCGGCACUUCAUUGAUGAUGUCCACCUGCCCCUGGGCCUGGCAGUGGCCUCCUGUAGUUACACUGUCACCUGCCUCCCCAACUGCACCUGGCGCAACUACAAGGCAGAGGUGCACUUCAAGCCCUGCCACAAGCCCACCCGCUUCCUCAGCACCACCAUCGUCUACCCCAAGUACCCCAAGACCGUCUACACGACCACCCUGGAUUACAACUGCCGCAAGACGCUGAGGAGGUUCCUGUCCAGCGUGGAGCUCGAAGCCACAGAGCUCCCAGGCAGCGAUGGCCUCCCAGAUGAGUGCUGACGUGAGCCUGUGUGGGGUUGGACCAGCUCUUCUGCUGCCCUCCAUGGCCUUCGUGCCCCAGAGGAGUCUGACCUAGCCAUACCUCUAAGCCUGGCCUGGGGAAGGAGAAAAUGUCAUGGCAUCUUACAAUCAUUGAGACGAUUUGGUUUUUUAAAACGUUCAAAUUAUUUUCAAAAUAUUUCCAGUUUGCUGCUGUGCAGCUUCCCCCAAAGUCUCAAUUCGAUGAGCAAAUAGAAAGCCAACUGGAGCAAAAGAAAAAUGGGUCCAGUUUGAAAUAGGGAGGGAAGAGAGAGCUCUUGUUUCAUUGCUCAGUCAGCCUGUUAGCCCGAGGAAGAGUGUGGAGAAAGUGUCCGGGAUGGAAAAAGUGAGUUUUAAGAACUUUCAGCCCAGGAUGUCUUCACUGACAGCGGUGCUGGUUCUGUGAGCUGACAUCCAGAUGGGUCCCAUCUGUGGAGAGCUGAGUUCCAUUCCCUAGUUUAUUCCCAUUUCCAUUUGUACUUCCUAUGUCACCAAAACUCUUGGGAUUCUCCAAACCCUUUUUGUAUCAAAAAACCCCAAACCACAAUAUAAAAUAAAGAUGCCUCUUUAAAAAAGAAAGGAUGAAAAGGUUCAUCCUGUUCUCACCUCUCUUCAGGGGAGUCAGGUCCACCAGGGGCCAGUUUGACAGCAAUGGCUCCAGUUCUGGUUCCUUUGCCUGGUUGGCUCCGAGUGUGGGCUCUGGCAAAGGCGCUUUGAACCCUUGGCAUCUGGUAAUGUCUCCACAGGCUUGUGUAACUCUCCUGAGAUGUAUUUUGGAGUUUCCAAAUACUUGCCUAUUUUUCUCAUAAGGCAAAAUGUAGCGGAGAGAAACAGCAUUUUGAGAGAAUGCUUAGGGAAACCACUUUUGGGAACUCCCCGAGGGGGCUUCACUCCCAGUGGGAAGGGCCGGCCACCCAGGACUGCAUGGCCUCUGAGAGAGGCAGAUGGAGAUGUUUCUGGUGAUCUGUUUCAUCUGGAUGAGUCUCCUCUCCAGGGACCCUGGAUCAACUUCGAUGGUGCCAACACCGCAGAGGAAUCCUGCCCCUGACUUUAGUCUAAGCCCAAAGGCAGAACACGGCCCCGCCCGUCCCUCCAGGUGAAAGAAAGGCUCGAGAUUGCUGUCAGGAGUCCAACUCCCACACCUGGGCGCUGUUGUGAUGACGCACAUUUCUUGUAAGUGCUUACUGUAAUGGCAGUGACAAUCAGGGCGUGAGGUGCAAAUGGACGACACUUUGUGAGUUCAGCUGAGUCGGCCUCAGAAGUAGAAAGGGGGGCGCCUGGGGGGCUCACCGGCUGAGCGGCUGCCUUUGGCUCAGGACAUGAUCCCAGGGUCCAGGAUUAAGUCCUGCAUUGGGCUCCCUGCAUGGAGCCUGUGUCUCCCUCUGCCUGUGCCUCUCUCUGUGUCUCUCAUGAAUAAAGAAAUAAAAUCUUUAAAAAAAAAAAAAAA